CAACGUCCGUCGUCCACCACAGGCAGCGGCACUCACCUUGGGGGUGCACCUUUUGUCGGGAGGCAUAACAAAUACUCGCAUACGCCGACGAGAGCGCCAUCGUUGACAGCAGAGACAUAGGACCAUCACAGUAUAGCUGUUCCUCUAAGGCCUGAGGAGAAAAUAUCCCACAGAACCACGCUUGUCAUGUCUUCCUCCUCCGGUAUAAUCCGAACAUGCAACCAAAUAUGGGCUGCGUUUCUGGCUGCUGUCGGACGUCUUGACAAGUCGCUUUCGCCUCAAGACACCCUACGCCGCCUUCAGAACCACUCCUGGUCGUAUUCGGAUCUUGUUUACGCAUUCCACAUUGUCCUCGCUACCUUCUGGAUCACCAUCAUGCAGUUCCCAGCAUUCCCCCUCAAGCUCGGCAUCCCCGUGUUAUACGCCGUUCUCCUCCUCAUCCCAUUGACCUCCCAAUUCUUCUUUCGGUUCAUCCCGAUCGCAGCCUGGCUCCUCACAUUUUACUCCUCUCGAUUCAUCCCUGACGAGCACCGUCCGGCCAUCUCCGUGUCCGUGCUCCCAACACUGGAGUCUGUGCUGUACGGUGCAAACAUUUCGGACAUCCUGACUCGUUUCACGCACCCUGUUCUCGAUGUCCUCGCCUGGCUCCCGUAUGGUGUGAUACACUUCACUUUCCCCUUCGUCGUUGGUGCGUUUCUAUGGCUGUUCCGCUCGAAGGAAGCUCUACAUUUCUGGGGCCGCGCCUUCGGUUACAUGAACCUCAUCGGAGUCAUCAUCCAGAUUCUCUUCCCUUGCGCUUCACCUUGGUACGAAGUCAUUUUCGGGCUGACACCCGCUGACUACUCCAUGCUCGGCUCACCUGGCGGUCUCCUACGAAUCGACAACAUCUUUCACUCCCACGGUUACACCAUCACGUUUUCCAACGCACCAGUCAUUUUCGGUGCAUUCCCGUCGCUACACUCCGGAUGUGCUACCAUCGAAGCACUGGUUCUCUCCCAUUUCUUCCCGCAGACGACAAAAUACGUUUGGACCUACGCAGGCGUUCUGUACUGGGCCACGAUGUACCUCACGCAUCAUUACCUGGUCGACGUGGUAGGGGGAUCAUGCCUCGCUAUCGCAUGCUUUUACUGCUUCCUCCCUGAUGAGCUGCGGGGAGCAGGUGCGACCGCGUCAUCCACCGGUAUCUCAAAUGGUGCAACGGGCGGACGGUCGAAGUAUGAGAUCUACGAUCUGGAGUCGCGUGGAGGACGGAAUGGAGGGGUGGACACGACGGAUUUUGAACUCUCGAGCGAAGCAUCAGACGAAGAAGAUAUUGGGAUCGCGUAUCGCUCGCCUGCGAUCAUUCCUACGACUCCUGCCUCGGCGACGCCUUUGAUCGCAAAGAAUCAAGGUCAGGGACGAGGGAGCAUGAAGCAGCCGAAAGGCGCCCCGCCUCGGCGGAAUCACCGUCACACAGCAAGCAUUGCGAGUCUGAUCCGGGCAGAUGACCGGGUGGAGGAUGGGUGGAGUCCAAUAGGAAACAAAUCGUUCGUGUUCCCUCCAACGCCAACGCGUGCUGAAAGGGAUGUGGGCGCGAAGGGGUCAUAGUGGGUACCAGUGUAGACAUAGUCACUACUAAUUGUGUUAAUCUGCCCUUUUUUCUCCGACAAUCUCAUCUCAGGAUUGGAGCGCAAACACUUGUCUCUAUUGCAUCUUUCUCUUUCUAGUCUCUCUUUGUGAAGUCUUUAUUUGCAUGGCAUAUCUUGAUCGUGUCGCUUCCCUCCCUCUGCUUAUUAGUGGACUGACUGUGGUACAGCUGGGACUGACCAUGUCUGGAGCAGAAUUGGAUGGACGUCAUGCAUCGCUAACAUUCCUUGCUAGAUGACAGUGGAUACAUAUAUACCGUUUUUCCGAUCCCGGCCUCCAAGCAUGUGAAGCAGAAAGACAUUAGAUAUCUAGGAAUCUACUUUUCGAACAAUGGCUGCUGCACACUUGCUGUAGACUCUAUUAGCACCUCAGAAUUUUAGAGUUGUGUGCGACCAU